UAUGAAACAUCACCAUAUUGGUAUGCUAACCCAGCAGCAAUAACCACGCAGCAGCAUAUCGCGCUCCCAGGCUACCCCCCCGGCCGCCGCUGUUUCUCACCUGUGCCGCUGACUUUCGCUCAUCUCGAUUGAGAUACGCAACUCAGCAAGCCACUGACCCGCUCGAUCCGUCCUAUAUCCCCAGCAUGAAUGACUCCGAAGACGACGUACAGUCUUGCGACUCAAUGUAUGCUACGCCGCCCUUGUCUCCCACGAAGACCAUCAGUACCGAAGGUUGGCUGUCUCCCCAAACGCCUACAUCGCCUCAUAAAUCAUGGAAUGAACUCGCCUCUCGCAGGUGUGGCUCAGAUGGCAGUUUCGAGAGCCCUCCAGAGUCACCGACAAAGCCGAAAGUUUGCAAACGCUUGAACGCGCUCCGGCUUGCAGACGCUCCAGUCUUCAGUUCCGAUGAUGUCACGCUACUGCCAUACAAAGACUCACCCUCCAAAAUGCCUUUCCUCCAUGUUGUUGAAUCGGACACUUCUCACAUCGCUCCUUUAACGCUGCGCAACGCUCGUUUCUCCGGUGGUGAAGGUCAUCCCGGUCAAUCCUGCGAGCCCCAACCGGACACCCUCUCCGUCCCUCCAAGUGAUGAUCAUACCUCGACAAUUUCUUGCUAUUUGAGUGCAGAGGAAGAAACGACAUCUCCUGUACCCCGUCGCCCUAAGUCACCCGAUUCGAGCCCAGGACCCGCGCAACCAUUAGAACUGCUCUUCGAUAUCCCUGCACCUUCUCCAUCGGUAUUCGCUCGGCUCCUGAUUCGUUCUGCUAGUUCUCCUUUACGUCCCAGUCAGUGGGUAGCACGUGGUGGGUCGUUGAAAACGCCACGACACCCAAGCCAUGCACCAGAUCGCUUUAUACCUCCACGCCGUCCACCAAAUAGUACAAAACAAAGCUUCGAUUUGAACAAACCAGAAGAACGGUUGAUAGCUGAAGAGAGAAACUUACCUGGCGGCUCCUCCGCACCUGAUCCGUUCAGCCGGCGCCUUCGACGGUCGGCGAGGAUGAACGAAGAACUUCGAGGCUUGCGGGAGACGCAUGCGAUGCUCACCGGUCGAUCGAGUCUUAGUCGACAGCGCAUAAAUCCUAGCCUUCGCCAUGGAACUGCUCCGAUGGGAACCCGCCAGAUCAGUGUAGGCGCCGUCUGGAACGUGGGCGGCUCUUCUGCUGCUAGUAAUACUGUACUGGGAGUUUCCAAUGGCAACGGCGGGCUAUUGGGAAGCGGGACGAAUGCUCCGCUCUACACGUCGACCUUUCUUAGCCGCUCAGAUCCACAUGCUGAGCUCGAAGCGUAUGAACGGCGAGUUGCGUUGGCUCUUGAUAUAGACCAGGUGACCCGCGUCCUUGAUCAUUCAACGUCCUCUAGCAGCCCAAAUAGAGUGGGCUCACAAAAGACGCCUCCAUCUGCUGAACCCACAGUCCACGUUUGGCGAGACAAUGUGUGGAUUAAGGAUAGUAACUCACUGUCAGUGAAACGUUCACGCAGUGUCGCGAAGAAAGCUGUACCAGUCUUACCCUUCAGGGUUCUCGAUGCACCUCAGCUGCGAGAUGACUACUACUGUUCGCUUCUUGCAUACUCACAUAACGCAAGAUGUCUUGCAGUAGGCUUGGGUAACUUUGUACAUCUUUGGUCAGAGCGAAAGGGAGUCGAUACACCAGAGUCUCUCAAUAUCCUAUCGACCACUGGUAUGGUCGAUGUCCAACAUGUUACGUCUCUUUCUUUCUCAUCGAACGCUGGGGGGCAAGCUAUCUUGGCUGUGGCACGAGCAGAUGGUCGCAUUGCGUUGUGGAGCCCAUUCGAUGCAGAACCUCGCUUUGACGCCACGCAGCCCAAGCCUAUAUCCUGCAUUGCGUUUAGGCCAACCACCGUCAAGAGACCAUCGCUCCGCGACAACAAUAUGACAGUGCAUACCGAGGAACUGCUUGUUGGAGACGAAUCAGGGCAUAUAUACUUUUACAGCAUUGAAUGGCCGACCGAAACAGAGAGUGCCAUCUUCGGCUGGAAUGGAGCAAUGACACUACUGGCUCGCAUGACCGUCCACUCUCAACAGAUUUGCGGUAUCGCAUGGUCCCCCGACGGCGAGCUCUUCGCAAGCGGCGGAAACGACAACGCAUGCUACCUUUUCGAGACGAAGGAAGCACUCAGCAGCCCAGUACCCGACAAUAACGCCCCUGAUACGGUCAACGUGCGCCGCGGUCCCGACGGAGAGAGCAUAUACACUGUAGCCCCUGGCCGCAGCACAGUCCUGCAAAUUUCAGGCACCCAAGCAAGACACAAUUGGGAGCUCAAUGCCGCUGUCAAAGCAAUCGCUUUCUGCCCCUGGCAGCGCGGUCUGCUCGCCAUUGGAGGCGGCUCGAAUGACAGGUGCAUCCACUUCUACCAUACCAUGACCGGUGCCUGCCUCGCGACCAUCGACUGUGCGGCCCAGGUCACGAGCCUCAUUUGGAGCCAGACAAGGCGCGAGAUCGCGGCUACGUUUGGCUUCGCGCAGCCAGAGCACCCAUUUCGCAUCGCUGUGUUUGCGUGGCCGAGCUGCGAGCAGGUCGUUGCAGUGCCGUGGUUUGAUGAGAAUCGCGCGCUGUAUGCAAUUCCGUAUCCUGGGUGCCCUAAUGCGGGGGCGGAUGCGAGAUCGCCUGGAGAAGAUGGGGUGUGGUGGCGCAGGGGUGUCGAGGAGGGUUGCAUCGUUGUGGCGGCGAGUGAUGCGGCGAUUAGGUUCCAUGAGAUUUGGGCUGGGGGGAAGAAGGGGGUGGGGAGUGCGGCGGGGCUACUGGGUGGAAGCGAUAUUCUGGAGGCGUUGCAUGGGAUUGAGAGGGAGGGUGGGCCGACUAUUCGAUAGCGGGUAAAAAGUUGAGAAUGGGUAUCUGUGGUUUCAUGUUGACGAUCAUCUGGUGAACGCUGGGCUUACAGUAGACUGAAGGUACAAUAAGUCAUGUUAAUUGCCGUACAAAUGGUUGUACUGGAUUUUGAGAUAUAGGCACGCCAGGAUGAUACUAUUGCUUCAUUGAAAACCGACUGCUACAAAAUGCAGUACCGGGUAUGUUAAUGCCCAUGCCUAGAAAUCCGAAGCUUCCAUUCAGAUGAACCCACACCACGUUUUUGAGCCGACGCCAAAGGAUCAUCCCAGAACUCAUGUACUCGUAGACAUAAUCUAAUGCCUCAUGGAAGAAGCCCUCCUCUUCUUGGCCUCGUCGUGGGCGGACUUGGCCUCGGUGAUGCGCUUGUGGAGGAUCUGGGCGUACUCGUUCUAAACAAUGUGUUAGGUUUGGGUGAAAUUGAGAUGGCGAGCUCAA